AGCAUCAAUCAGAUUUUUCAAUCAGCCGAACUGCAGAAGCCCGAAGCAAAACUCCACCCUCUUCACUCCACGACCUCGCCGCCUCUCUUCCCCCUCUCCCCGAUCUCCGUCUCCCUCCUCCCGCCGCUGCCGCCAUGGACGGCGUCGUAAGCCAGAUCUUGGAGAAGCAGGUCCUGUCGGUCGCCAAGGCGGUCGAGGACAAGCUAGACGAGGAGAUCGCCGCGCUCGAGCGGCUCGACCCGGACGACAUCGAGGCGCUCCGCGAGCGCCGGAUGCUGCAGAUGCGCCGCGCGGCCGAGCGCCGGGCCAAGUGGCGCGCCCUGGGCCACGGCGAGUACACCGAGGUCCCCGAGAAAGAGUUCUUCUCCGCCGCCAAGGCCAGCGAGCGCAUGGUCUGCCACUUCUACCGCGACAACUGGCCGUGCAAGGUUAUGGACAAACACAUGUCGAUUCUUGCAAAACAGCAUGUAGAAACACGGUUUAUCAAAGUUCAUGCGGAAAAGGCUCCCUUUCUGACCGAAAAACUAAGGGUUGUUGUGCUCCCAACUCUUGCUCUAGUGAAGAAUGCCAAGGUUGAGGAUUAUGUGGUUGGAUUUGAUCAGCUGGGUGGUAAAGAUGACUUCAGCACUGAAGAUCUGGAGGAACGUAUUGCGAAAGCUCAGGUGAUCUUCCUUGACGGAGAGGGACCUGCAAAUGCUUCCAAGCAAGCUGCCGCCAGCAAGCGAAGCGUUCGACAAUCAGGCGCUGGCAACUCAUCAGACUCUGAUUAGUUUUGUUCCUGUAUUGAAGGCGUGGGCAAAGGAUUAUAUAUAUAGGAUUACGCCAAGCUGUUAUGCUUGUUAUCCUUAGUAGCAAUAGGAAAGAAGUUUGUGUGCCGAUGGUUGUCACUGUUGUAGAUUGAUCUCGUUAUUACCAUGUGUCCAUACCUGGUUUGGUUUGUUUAUUUGAGUGGAAAUGUUUGUCGUUGCUAGCGAGACUUUUCUUGCUCUGUGCGUGCGAUUGCCAGAAAAUCGAUGAAUUUCUUGACAAGCGGAACAAAUGGUAUAUCCUGGUUCGUGUUA